AUGGUCAACGGUGGACCUUGCGAUAAGAUUACCGUGCAACACAAGGAGGCUCUGCCCCCAUCCAUUCUCAAAACCGAUGUACCCCGCGCGCCGUAUACGCGAUCGCCUCGCUCUCAGCUCAGUCUCAUUCGACAAGCGACAGGCCACGUCGGCCAUGUCUCCUUUGACCUGCCUCACGAGCCUGCAGACGACAAGGCCACGCGCGAGCAAAUGAGUCGGAGCAUGUUUUCCAAGGGCACCAUCUUUCGCAGUCUCAUCAGCAACUAUGAGUCACUCUGCCGCAGCCACAAGGUUGAACCCCUGGACGCCAUCUGUGAGCAGCUCACUCGCGCCCGAGAUGGCGACAUGGAGGCGCGCCGUCAGCUGAUCAUUCGCGACGACGAUCUGGGCAUCCGGCAGAGCUUUUGGUGCUUUUGCGACGUCCUCUCCUGCUGGGUCGACCUUCGCGUCAUUGUUCUCGAAGAUUGCCAUCUGAGCGAUCCACACCUUCGUGGACUUGUGAAUAACUUGCAUGCCCGGAAAUGCAUUACCGAGUUGUCCAUUGCCGGAAACCCGGACGUCACCGCUACUGGUCUUCAUGACAUUGCGCUCUUGUCGCGCCACCUUGACCUCCUCGAGCGGCUGGAUCUAAGUCGUAUUCCUAUGGACCGGGCUGCGGUCGAGCAACUGGGCAAGGGUCUAAAGGACGCCAAUGUCAAGACCCUGGUGUUGGAUCAGUGUCAUCUCGACUCACCCAUGCUUCUUGGCCAUCUCGUGGCGUUUGUCCUACAAAUGCCGCGAUUGUACAAGCUCUCCCUCUGUGGCAACCGAAUGGGCCGAGGGUGUGCUUCAAUGCUGGCACCCCUGACGCAGUAUCCCUCACGACUGGUCUGCCUCGACCUGAGCAACAACCGACUGAAAGAUACGCUUGGUGGACUAUUUCAAAACGCUCAACCCGCCGCCAACAUUCGCGCGCUGUUGGCCCAAAACAACGGCGUCUCACCCGUUGGUGCUGCCGCUCUUUUCACGGCGCUGCUGCGCUAUCGACUUCGCAAUUUGGAUCUCUCUGACAACUUCAACCUCGCCGUCAAUGCCGAAGGCUUUGUGCGCCUCAAGGACCUGCUACUACAACAGAACCUGCAUCAGCUAUUAUUGCGAAACUGUCAAAUUUGCGCUGAAGCUUUCGUGGCGUUGGCCGAGGGUAUGGCCGAGAACAUGGCCUUGACCGAAUUGGAUUUGCGUGGAUCGGCGCUGGACGCUGCCUCCCUCUUUGCACUAGAGCGAAUCAUGAAAACAAACAGGCGCCUUUCUGUGUUGAUGGUGGACACCAUUUCCAUCAAACCAGAUGCCACGGCGGUCGAACAGGAACGAUGCAACUCGGCCUUGUCGUUGCUGCAGGAACACUGUGCACGUAAUCGCAACGCUCAAGAUGAUCUGAAUGUUGGUCCAACGUCGGGACUCCGUCGCAGUGGCACGCUACCUGUGCGCCGCACACGUCCCAUCAACUCGCCUGACAUUCAUCCCGAGGUUGAAGCUUUGAACACUGCUGAUGCUGACGAUGGGUUGACUGGUGCUGCGGCGGAAGUGGCAGCCACUGCGGCACACGAUCUACGUCUUGGUCUAAAUGGGUCUUAUGUUGAUGUGGAUGCUAUGAUGCAUACGGGCCGCUCGCCCAGUGACCCACCCAGUGGCGUUGCCACUGGGAUGGCAGCUUCAAGCAAGCUUCACGCCUUGACUGAAGAGGCCAACGAGGAGGAGGCUGGCAGCGAAGUCGACGAGCUGGAUCUGUUGCAGGGAAACGCCAAACAGGAAACUGAGGAGAUCGACGACGCCAAAAGCGACACCAAUAGUCUUGAUGAGCAAAUACUCGGGGACAUGUCCCUCGAUGACGGUCUCGUGGUUGAGGAUGGCAACAGCUCUAAGGAUCCAUCUCUUACCCAUGAAAUUGCGCUCGAGCCCCUGAACGAAACGCUGUGCAAUGACGACGACGUCGCAGCAAGCCCACAAGGUCUUUUAGGAGAUGACACCGCCGAUCUCGCAAAUGUGUUGGUGGAUGAGAAGGAGAUGCACGACCUCACACUGCAAGCGACAACGUCCAACUCCACGGGUACGGCAUCGCCCGAGCUGGCCCGCGAACCGGAGACAACCUCCGUCCCUGUCGCGCAGACAACAAAGGACGAACCCAAAACCAACGGAUCUGGGCAUUCCGAAUCGAUGCUGACCGAGUCAGCUCAACCUGGGACCGACUGAGAUUGCCGCAAGACUGCAUAAUUCGGCUCAAACGCCUUGAGGGGGCGAACCCAAGCGCUGCCUUGAGAGCAUCUUGAUCGUGUGCACGACGAGUUGUCUUGCGUUGUACACCUGACUAACCUGGCCCUGUGGGCCCUCUCUAUGUGGACUUUAGUCAUCUUAGCCUUGAGGUUUGAUGGAAACUCGCUCGCACUGCUUUGCGGCUUGAGCUGGCACCGGAUAAAAGGUGGCUUUCCUUGCCUCUGCUUUCUCACAUGUUUCAUGUUAUCAAUCGACAUCCGAAGAUG